GACGUGGACGUGCCAUUUUUGUUUGUCGCCCUUUUUGUUCACACCUCCAUAAACACACUGGUUGACAUUGGCAUAAUCCCUAGUAUAAGAUGUCGAAAAACGACAAACAGCAAAGCCGCUACGACACGGACUCGGAAAGUGGCGGCCCAUCUUGCUCCCAUCCAUACCCAUCCGAUUUUCCACCGCCAUAUGCACCCGACAGCCCUUCGAACAGCAAAGACCCUAAUAUACCUUACGUGGACCCUGCUAAAAGUGGGAGUGGCCAGGUGCAUCCUGCUGGCGGGCCUGUACCAUUCCCAUCGGCAAUACAUGUGCAGAAUGCGGCGCAGGGGUCUUCUGCAGCCCAGCAGCCGCCGCCGGGACAGCCACGCAUCGCCUUCCCGGACCCAUAUGCACAACAGGGGAACGCAGGGUAUGCUCCACCCGCCAGACCGCCACCACAGGGCAACGGUCCAUACGGUCCUCCAGGCCACCCACCCCCACAACAACAACAACAACAACUACAACAGUUCACCCAACCUCACGUCCCACCCACCAACAACAACAUCGUCUACACCCAACCCCACUUCGCGACCCCCAUGCCCGCCCCGCACGCCGGCGCCAGCCCCUACGUACAAGUUCAAGGCCAGCUGCUCGUACCCGGCGCCGCCGGCGUAACGCAAUACGGCACAGCCGCAACAACCGUUAUAAUCUCCUCACCCAGCCAGCGUGCCUACCUCGGCCCAAACCCCACGACGGCGCUAUGUCCGCGGUGUAAUAGGGUCGUGCAGACGAUGACGAUCCCCGUGACGGGGUUGAUCACGUAUUGCAUGUCCGGGGCGAUUUUGCUGGCGGGGUGUUGGUUGGGGUGUUGUUUGAUCCCGUUUUCGAUGAAUUCCAUGAGGGAUGUGGCGCAUCGGUGUCCGCAGUGUGGGUAUGGGCUGGGGGUUUAUAGACGGCUGUGAUGGGGGGUUGGG